CAUCUGUACUGCCAGUGCCAGUCUGGAGAGAAUACACAGAACCCGCAUGUGGACAACCAUCUCACUCAUUGCGCGGACACCACUUGGAUAUAAUGGAGAAUAUACAUUGCCCUCAUUUUUUAUUAGAAUACCAAGUCCAUUGGGGAUAUAAAAACAUCAAGUAAAUCUUCAUGACCAUAUGUUGGUCUGGUGGAUGUUACAGACGUUUUUGGUUUGAUUUUCUCUCAUGAAAAAAGUUUAAGGUAACACCUAAUAAACUGUCUCUCUAAAGCGCGUUUCAGUGCGUUUUCCCUGCGCCUUUGGCGAACCUCUCUGCUCCCUGCGUCGGUAAAGCUGAUGUCUUCAUUUGACUCCUUGCAGUUGGUGAUGGUGGAUCUCUCUCGGAUUUCCAAUGUGGAAACCAGCAUCCAAUUAGUUUGCGAUUGAGCGCCUGGAGAGACAGCGUAGAGGCACUUUGGCCAGCUAGUCACUUCAGCGUGUAGCCUACCUGUGGGCAGACGCAUGGUUGGGCGCUCUGUAGGCUACAGAGUUAUGAGAAGCCACUCAUCAGGCGUCGUUUCAUUUUGUGGGGCAUUUUUUACUUCUAUUUUUUUUAGACAUUGUAAAUUAGAUUGAACACAUCGGAUCUCGUUUAUGUGAUCAGAUAAAACUGUACAGUCUGAAUAUAUCCUUUGGAUAAAAGUACUUCUUACUCACCACGGAACGUUAAAUGCAUCGCUGUGUGUUGGACUUUAAUACCGAUACAAUUGCAGGUCUGCAAGGGCCAGAUUUAAGCUUCCUUCAUAGGAACUGAGUCUAAGAUGAAGUUAUGGGAUGUUUUGGCCACGUGUUUGUUGCUCCUGAGCUCCGUCUCCACACGCCCCCUCUACCAAAACCUUCAGCCAGCCAAGAGAGCUCACUACUCGGAUUGGUACAGUGAUUCUCUGUCCCUGUCUGUGGAGGAACCAGAGCCAGAGUUCCAGUCAGAGUCUCACAGCCUGCAGGAAAUCUCCAUGGAGGAUAAAUAUGAUAUCACAGGCCCAUAUCCGGACCAGUUUGAUGAUGUGAUGGAUUUUAUCAAGGCUACCAUUGGCAGACUGAGGAGAUCAUCAGAGCCCACCGGCGGCUCAAGGGGAAGGAGGGAGCAGAGAGAGCAGGAGAGACAGAGAGGAGCAGCAAACACAGACCGAGGAGGAGGAGAAGGAAGAGGAGAGGGGAGAGGAGGACGGGCGAGAGGAGGACGCGCAGAGAAGAAGAAGGGUCGGGGGCGAGGGGGCAAAGGGAGGAGCAGUGAAAGAGGGGGGCAGCGGACGAAGCCGGUUGAAGGCCGUGGCUGCUUGCUAAAAGAGGUCCAUCUCAACGUAACAGACUUAGGUCUGGGCUACCAGACCAAAGAGGAGCUGAUCUUCCGGUACUGCAGCGGCCCCUGUUCGGACGCAGAGACCAACUAUGACAAGAUCCUCAACAACCUCACCCACAACAAGAAGCUGGUCAAGGACAUACCUUCCCGCACCUGCUGUCGACCAAUCACCUUUGAUGAUGACCUGUCAUUCCUGGAUGACAACAACGAGGACUACCACAUUCUGCAGAAGCAUUCCGCCCGCAAAUGUGGUUGUGUUUGACUCUGGGAGAGAUGAAACGAGAGAGAGAGAGAGAGAGAGAGAGAGAGAGAGAGAGAGAGAGAGAGAGAGAGAGAGAGAGGCAAAUGGCUGACAGACAUAAAUGAAGGGAGCAGUGACAUAAACACAGUGGAGAAAAACGGAACAUGAGACGGAUACAGUUCACUCCAGUGGUGUCUUAGGACCCAUGGCCAGUGUUAGCAUGUCCUGUCCUACUCCUGAAAAGCUGCAGUGGGGUGAACAGGGAUGGUGUAGUCCCCAAACCUCCAGUGAUUAAGCUGAUCUAGAGCCCAAGUCAGGUCACAGUGGAGAAGGGAUUCCUCCAUGCUCUAAUGACAAAUUUGACUGACAUUAAAUUACAUUGAAAUUCAGCUUAACAGCCAAUAAAAGAGACAUUGUCAAUUCAGCUCAGUAUUCAUUUCAUGAUUGGAUCAUGUCCUUGGAGGCCUACAUGGAUACUCUCAUUUACCUGUUGAACCAUGCUGUUAAACUCAAAGGCUUACCUGCAAUGGAGUUGGUGAGACAGAACCAGACAGAGGAACUCUGGAUAUUGUAAGCUGGUCUGUUCCUUCAAAUGUCAGCUUCUCCUGGGAGCACCUAUUUUCCCAGGAAUGUAGUCAGCUCCUGAGGCUCACAAUGAGAGCAGACCUGGUCCUGAUGAGUAUUUUUAGCUGCAGUCCAGUGUGUUCUGGUUCCACUGCACAGACUGGAGCUUAAAGUUUACAUUCACAAUGAACGAGGGAACGGGAGAAAGAAAGUAGAGAGAACUCUUAAACCUGUUGACUGGCUUAGUCCUACAGCAGAGACAAACUGUCUGGUACGACACAUCAAUGUCAAAUCCCAAAUAUUUAGAAUUAUAUAUGAGAUGUAUUUAUUAAGAUUGAAUUAAUUUAUUAUUGUUAUUUAUUGCAGUCCAUUUUAUGAUUUUUUUUCCUUAUUUAUUUGAGCUUUGUUUUGUCCUGGAUAGUGCCAAAGCAGAGCAUGUGUUUUCUAAGGGAAAUCAGAUUGUGCUGAAACAACCGGAUUCAAGGUGCAGCCAUAACUAAUCAAAUGUAUCCUUUUGUUUCAAAACGCUGUACAGUUUGUAUCUGUAAUCCAUGGUAGUUAAUCCUAAACCCACUGCUGAUUCCAAAACAUCAUGGAUUUAUGAGAAUAACAUAAGGUAUCAGGUUUAGGGAGGGAAAGCAGAGAAAAAGAAAGACAAUUUCAACCCUUUUCAAAACAAAAAAAUCUUAUCACCGUCUUUGACAGUGUUCCUCAUUUGUCACUAAUGGAAAGCAGAGAGGAUGGAGCGGCCUGGGACAUUAGGGGCUCAGGGCCGGGGAGAGACCAUUGAGCUGCUCCUCACUCCUCCUUACUCUAACAAAGUAAAGGGGUAAACAGACUUCUGGCAAAUGCAUGGCAUGCCAUUAUAUGUUUACAAAGGAGCAUACAAACCCUGCUUUCUUGUUUUUUUAAAGACAGAAUAAAGUCGUACUGCAGGUGGUUAUCUCAGAGCUGUGCAUCUUUCCCUACAAUGAUACUCCCCACAUUAAUUUGACAUCAUCUUCUUUUAUAGACAGAAUAACAAAAGGACCUCAUUGUUAGAGGGGCUACAGUACAGGUUGGAUAUGGGCAGCCUCCAGGUCCACUGCUUUCAACGCACUUGCAUUCUCUUUCUAUCACACCAUUUUCAAAGUAAUGUGUUACUGAAUGCUUUACAAAAGACCACAACAAAAUCGUACAGAAAAUCUCUGAUAUCAUAGUGAAAACCUUGAGACUAGUGUCCGUUGGCCAUCACAGUGCAGAAGUUGAUGGUAUUCAUGUAUUGCUUGGUUGCCAGGGUCUUAUAUCUCAACCGUUCAGCCUGGUCCUGGCUCUACACCAAGUCUGGGGCAAAGUCUUUGUAGUGGUUACUGUCCCAGUAGGCUUUAGCGUUCCUGGGAGUGUCUCUGUCUCUUUUGUCUCUGCUCUGACAUACACACAGUUCUUUCUCACUGAUCUGGGGUUAGUUUGAAAACGAUCCUCUAACAUGCAGCUUAGCCCACUACUCCCACUGGCAAAGGCACCCCAGUGUUUAAAACCAUUUAAGGGAGAUCUGGCUCUGUCUCUCUUAGCCAAGCCGACAUACAUGUCUUAGGGCCAGACAGUACAACAAAGAGAGAGUGACAUAGUUUGUGACAUUACUGAAGGGGAGAGAGGGGAGCACUAGGAUAACCAGGCAUUCUCAGUGUGAGCACUAUUCAGCAUACCAUCAAUACUCACCCAAAACAACUACUAAACAGAAAGGAACACUAACAGAGGAAUCUUUCAAAGCAUAUUACUACAGUACUAUGCCCUUGUCCCAUGUUCACAGAGAGGAGCUUUUGAGUGAAACCCAGAGAAAGGGAGCUCCAGAGCUGGCCUUGACGUUAGCAUGGAUUAUGGACCAGAGUAUCUGUGCUCACCCAACAGAAACCAAGCCAGUUUUAGUCCCAUAAUCCCCCCAGCACACAAAACAAAUCCACAGCAUCAAGAUGAAUUUAGGCCAAACACUGUCAGAAAGAUUGACCAAUUUAAUCACAGCAUGCUUUUAUAAAUUAGAUCAUCUUCCCCUUUAAUAACUGAUUUCGGUGUAAGCCUUUCCAGCAGCCUCUUGGGUCCUCACCCUUAUGUAUGUUACUUUAAAGUGUGUGUGAAUUGUGAUUGACCACUCCCCCUCUGUCUUUACAUAUGGUUGUUUACUCAACUGUCAGUGUUCUUUUCCUGUGUGUUCAUAACUCCGGCAGUUAUUUUGUGAAGGUAAAGUGUGUGUAAAGGUAGCGGAAUCUCCAUUGCACACACCAGGCAGAAAGGAUAGCAUUAUUUGUUUUCAGACCCAUGUUUGUGUUAUGAUCGCCUCUGUGUUACUGAACCAAAGCUCUCAGAAAACUUUAUUUUUGUACAAUAUUCAUUUUAUAACUUUUUACAGAAUUAAACUCAUUUUUAUCAAAAUGUCUGUCUGAUGGCUAUUGAAUACUAAAUGCUUGUUGCUUCAGUGAGCUGUAGAAUCUGAAAAACAUUAGCAGGUUCUCGCCAGCAAGAAAGGUCUUCAUAACACAUUUGUGGAGAAAAGAAAGAGAAAACAGCCUGUUCUGAGACUAAGCAAGGUGAGUGCAAAAGUAUUUCUCAUUGUGGAAUAAUUUAUCCUCUUGUUGGAGGUUGCCAUCAGCACUUGAAGUUAGGGCAGCGGGAGGUUUGAGGGUUGUAUGGAGGGUCAUAUGAGUGGGUGGUUGAGGGUUGUAGGUGUGUGUAGGGGAUCGUAGGACUGGGUUAGAGAGAGGAGAUAGAGGCUCUCUAGUGCUUUACUCCCUCGUGUUGUGCAUUCCUGAACGCUGGCCCAGGUUUGUACGGUAAACAAAAGCUUGCUGUAAAGUGAUACCAUGCUGUAAAUCGAGGCACUCAGGGGGAAUGUUUCCACCGUGCAGAGAAGAUAUGUAAACGCUGAUGAGAAAA